AGAAUCUCUGGCAAAGAUCUUCUCAGAAACGAUGGGAUGAGAAAAGAUAAGUGUCCUGUGCUGCAAAUGGCCUCCUGUUCGACAUCAACUGUUCACUAGCCUGGAAUCAGCUUUGGUGGAAGAAGAAGGUUGAUACACCAAGAUGUUUGACAGAGUCAAGCCAUCUGAUGAAGCUUCUGCUUCUUCCACACAAGGAAUGGACAGACAUGGUGUAGAAGGCUCUCUACAGCAGGAGAGUAAUAGCAGUUUACACACAAGAGGGCAAGAACAUCCUGGGCCUGGAGUAUCCACUGUGCAAAAUAGACAAGGAUACUGCAACUGCUGCCAUGUACACUACAGUAAUCUUGAACAGCAUGUUUUCAGCUCCCAGCACAGACAUUUUACCACGUACUGUAGGAAUCGUAUGGGUACCAGUAGCCUGAUGGAGCGUUUCCUGCAAGAUGUUUUGCAGCAUCAUCCCCACAGAUACCAUGACAACAGACCAACCUAUGAUGACAUACCACUCCCUGUCACUCUAGAGGCUCCUAGAAAUGCUUGCCUAUCUCCAGAAGAUGUAGAGAAAAAGAAGAACAGAAGCAGGCAGGAGGCUUCCAGUAAAGACCAGGAGUCCAUUGGUGAAAUGGGAUCUUCUGUUCCAUGCCUAUCUCAUAAGGGCCCAAAGGAAGCUUUUGUAACACAAGCAUUUAUUCAGAAACUAGAAAAAGGACAGGAAGAUAUUACAGGAAUAUCCCAGCAGUCUGUGGGCAUUUGUAGCAGUGAGAAACGGCAUACCCUGAAAGAUGCUCAAAUUGCAAAUCAUAGCCAUGAAGGCCAGUUUACAGCCGUGAGCCCAGUACCUCAACGUUUUUCUGUCAAUCCUUUAAUUCAUAGUUCUUCUGUUAAUCCUAAAAUAGUAAAAAAUGUUAGGAACUUGGUGGCAUCAAAUAUGAUUCCACCGAGCGGAUGUGAUAAAACAAGAACGGAAGUAUGCAGUAAGGAUGUGUUACUGAAACCUUGCUUGAAUCCUGCUCUGGCACUGGUUGACCCCAAAAGCCCUUCCGUUUCACAUCGAAAUCCUAUGUGUCAGAAUCCUAUGUACAGCCCCAGCAAUUCUUUAUGUAUUACCUCAGGUCAAUCUCUCUUAAAACGAGAUGGUUUACAAACUCAGGAUGAAACUUUGGUGUCUGAUUUCCAUCUCAGGGAUACUGUGGGAAUCGACAGCUCCUUAAAACUUGGGACAUCCCCACAACUAGCAAGAUGCAAAAAAAUGAAGAUGAACAGAACUGAUGAAAGUUCAGUGGAUGAAACUAUUGAAGAUGUUAUUAUGAAGUAUUGCCAUGGAACUAUAUCUAAAGAACUACCUUUCAAAGAAGAAGAGAAUGAUCCCUGUUUAACUUUUUCUUCGCUUCUGGACCAUACCCAUUUAGAGGGCUCUGAAGUGAGCUUUGACUGUGAUGCACCUAUUCAGUCAGGAGCAGACUUACCUAAGGCAGCUAUAAAAGAUAUAGAAUUCCUGAAAGAGGUCCAAAUAAGUUUGCAAGAUAAAGACUAUGGAACACAGCUCUCUUCUGCUUUAAAAAGUGAGUCAAUGGAGCAAACAGAAGCAGCAAAACAGGAUGUAAUAGUUCAUACUGAAGAACCAGUUCUUCCAGCUCUGCCUCAUGUGCCUCCUUCUUUUGUGGGAAAGACUUGGUCUCAAAUAAUGUAUGAAGAUGAUAUAAAAAUUGAAGAACUUGUGCGUGAUUUCAGGGAAGGCCGUUUUCGCUGCUACUUUGACAGUGAAUCCUCAGCCAAAUGUGCAGGGAAGAGAAUGAAGAAAAAGCAGAAAGAUGAAAAGAAGAAUGAUACUGUUGAGGGUAACAGAACAGAAAGUGCACCAGUUAAAGCACUGCCAGAAUUCAAUGAUGCUUUAAGUGGUGGCUCUGAUUUUGAUAACCCAUCUUUAGCCUCAGAUACACUAUGCAACCCACAAAUUCGUAAAAUGCCUAGGAAAAGGACAUGGCGCCUGGCUUCAAGAUGCCAGGUGGUUAAAGUCAGCCAUGGCACCCAAACAAGUCUAGUGAACUACCCUGUAGCAAAAAGAAAAAUGACUAGAAGAGAACCUGACCCAGCUGAUCAGAAAGCAGACAUUAUGUGGCCAGAGAAUGAAAAGACUCCAAACAUGAAAACUAGACUAUGUGCCCUUAAACUUCCUGAAUCCUACAGCAAGAUUAUGAGCCCUGUACAGCCCAAGACAGUGGUCUAUGUGCUUUCAUGUCCAGAGAUUAAACAGUGUAAAGGUAAACCUACAGAUAUUCCCAAAAUGAGGAAAAAUCGCAACUCUGCAGACAGCAAGGACUCUAUAAGGUAUAAAUAUAAACAGUGUUCAUUCAAGUAUUAUGACCCACUGACAAAUCGAAUUCUGAAAACGCCUCCUAAGAGUACAUGUGGAGAAAAGGCCAAAAAGCCCUCCCACGUUCGACAGCUUUUCAGAAGUCUCAGCUUUGAUGCAAACACGAAGAAACUAGCUGGCGCACAGAGAGAGGGCACGGCAUCAAAGUCCUUUAAUUGGUCAGACUUCAAUAGUUCAUCUUCAGUAUCUUUUUUGCCAGAUCCAGGUAAAGGGAACGAUAUAGCCUCAAGUCAAAAGACAGAUGGAUCUUCUGUUUCCACAGAAAGAUCAGAUUGUCUGGUGUCUGCUCACUCUGAGAACUCUUUUAAACACCUGGCCAUUUCACCUUUGAACUCUCACCAGUCUCAGGCGGAAGCAGAUGGUAGAUUAACUCCCUUUAAUAGCAGAGCUGCCAAAACCCCUUUGACCUCCAUCAGGAGUGAGCGAUUAGAAAGAGAGAAUCCAAAGGCAAGAUGGAAGAGAAAAGAAGGCCCUAAUAAAGAAACAGGUUUUUCCAAAAAGGCUGCAGGACCUAUAUCUGUCAGAUGCUCUGUUGGGAGGAGAGGAAACAGAGUAACUGCAGGCAAACAUACUUCUCGAACUAAAAAACAGCAAAAAGAGGGGAUAAGAAGGAAACUCCCUCCUCGUGCCCAGAAAUCUGCCUUCUCAAUUCGUAGGCACCAGACAAAGAAAACUACAGUGGGAAAGCACCUUAAGAAAGAAAAGCCUGAUGCUAAAAAAAUGAAGGUAAGGAGAAAACCGAAGAGGCCCUUUCUAAACUCAGCAGUCAUCACCGGGAUUCCUGAAAAGAGGCCGAAAGUCACAUCGGGAUCUUUUCCAAAGAAACCGGAGCGAGCUUCUUCCAAAGUAAGGAGCUGGGAGGUAAGUGGAGAUAAGGGUCACCCUAGCACUGUGAACCGACCCUCUAGAAGAACUUCUGCUGUACCAUUACUUCGAAACUGUCUUAUCUUACCAGGUGAGAGCUAGCCACCAAAACAGUGACUCUUCUAUAUAGCCCGCACCUGGAAACAGAUUGAGGAAGAGGAAAGGGGGGAAAAAAGGUGAUCAUAGGAAAAGCAGCUGAAGUGCUAGAGCUGCUGAAAGUGCAAAGCCAGUCUAAUGUGAAACAAGUACAACUGUAAACUAAGCGCUUGUUCUUGUAAUAUGGGCACAUUAUGUAUUGCACUGUUCUACUGUGUAAAGCUGCAGAAGUUGUGUGUUUGCGUUAAAAGCACUUAGAACCCUAUUUACAAGACUUUACCUGUACAUCUGAAAAAUUACAAGCUUGAAUGGUAUCAUAUUGUUUUUAUGAUAUUACCAGUGCAUAACAGUGCACUAUAAUAGGGUAAGCUAGGAGCUGUAUUAGUUGUGCCUACUCUAAUUUUUCCACAUACUUCUAAAGUCCAUAAAAUGACUCAGUUGUUUUGCUGGAAAUUAAAUGAAGAUGUAUUAAUCUGGGGUGGAUUAUAUGUCUGUAUUUUGUGUUUGUGUAUAUGCACACCUCAUUCAACACGUAAUAUAUCGUAUACUUCCUAUGGAGUGGUAUUGAAAUGAAUACAGUAUGAUACAAUUCAGAUCUAUUCAGUGCUUUCUUCAAAAAAUACAUAAUUGUACGUAUCCUUAUAUAGACUCUCUUUUCCUGAAACCUUGUCCAAAUCAGCUAUUUUGGACAAAACAAAGUCACUGUGGGCUUUCAUCAAGCAAUAAUGGACCAUGCUGGUAAGGAAAUAUGUCUCUCCAGGGUACUGUUCAAAUGGUAGUGGCUAUAAUGAAAUCUCAAAUUCCAAAAGAAAUAUAGGAUUAGUUAUUUUUAAUAGCUUAUUGACUCAGUUUGCCUAUGAACUUCACAUCUCUCACUGGCAGGAAGGAAAAGGAAGGAACAGUUAUCAUAUGAACAAAUAACAGCGAGUUGUUCUAGAAUUUCAACCUUAGAUUUGAGCUCCUGAGCUUUUUGGAUUUGAAUUGGGUGUAUUCUUGUCUAAACUUUUGUGUACUACAGUUGAAGUUUUCUUUCUUUUUAAAAGCUUGGUAAAAUAUUUAAAUAAACUCAAACACAAAGCAAAAUCCUUCUAAGCUUUCUUAAAGUUUACAUGUUUAAAUAUCUGUUUAAAACAUUUAGUUGAAUUAAAAAAAAAAACACACAUAUUCCGUACAAAUUCAUGUUUGGCCAUGGAUGGUCUAACUACUACGAUUUCAUCUGUGACACAAAAGACCAUAGUUUUUAUUUGAGAUUUUAUUAAGGUGUAUUUAAGAGACAUAAGCCCCAAUCUUGCAGAUAAUUCUGUGCUUUAAACUCAAGAUUAACUGUUCACUUAUAUUGAGUUAAGCACAUAGUUAAAUGUAAUCAGAAUCAGGGCUCUGGGUUGUAAACCUGCAAUUGGGAAUAUUACAUACAUCUAUCCUGUUUUAAAAGCCUUUGUGGAUUCUAUACAUGUACAAUAAAUCUUUCAAAAUGUAAGAAUAAUAUAUAAAAGACAAGACCAGUCGUGCUCUCUCUGCCAUUGCAUGGCAUAUCUGUGUAUUUGCAAAAAACAAAGACAACAAAAAAACAAACAACCCACAAACCUUGAUUCAUUUUUCUAAGGUGUCCAGGGUCACUAGUUUGGACAGAGAUAAUAGUGGACUUUAAAAUGUUGUGGUUUUAGAUAUAACAUCUGAAGUAAAUAUAAAAGCUGUCAUCAUAAAAGGCUCAUAGUUUUAAAAAACGUUUUGGGUAAGUCCUUGAUGCAUGUGCAGGUUUCCCAUGAUAAAUAAGAUGUGCAUGUACUUAAACCAGCUGGAAACAAAAUUCCUUUGCAAGUCAAAUAUAGCUUGACAGAUUUUUUUUUAAUAAUUUUGAAAUAAGAAUUGAUUUCCGUGAUGAAUUUUUCCAUAUGAUUGUCAGCUGACACAGAAUCUUAUGACUGUAUUAUAAAUCACUGGAAAACAAAGGGUUAUAAUAUGAGUUCUUAUAGCCCUCUUAACUAACUGUGCCUGUAUAAUUUAAUAUUUUGUCUAAUAUAAAACUGAAUUUUUUAAAGCAAAAUUUUAAAGGAAUGUUUUUUA